AUGAACAACGAUCAGUUCCGCAAGCUGAUCCUUGCGAAUAAUGCAUCGAAAUCCAAGGAUGCAUCCUCUCCGCCCCCCGCAACACCCGGAGGGUCAGCACUCGGUUCGCGACAGCGCAGCAGCAUUCCCAUGACUCCUCGUUCACUCGGAGGAUCGCAAGCAGAUUUCGCCCGACAGCUUUCCGACCGCAACCGCGCCACCAAGCCCCAGAAGCAAUUCCGGACAUCCGCACCGAAAGGCGCUCGCCUCGCCGACGGCUACACUGAUCGCGCGCGGGAACGCGAAGCAGGAGAUACGGAUGAUGACCGCGCGACCAGGCUCAAAGCGCUCGAAGAGUCCCUGAAGAAGGAGGAGAUUGACAGGGACACCUACGAAAAGCUGAGAUUCGAGAUCGCGGGAGGCGACUUGGGGAGCACGCAUCUCGUCAAAGGCCUCGACUUCAAAUUACUUGAGCGAAUACGGAGGGGCGAGGACGUAUACGGCGAGAAAGAGCCCGAGAAAGAGGAGGAAGACGCUGCAGAAGACGUGGACGAGGCCUUUGAGGAACUGGAGAAGCAAGAAGUUACCGCCGCAGCCAAGGAAAAGCAGGAGAAGAAAAAGAAGGGACAGCUGUCUACAGUGUCACUCAAUGCAGGGAAGAAGCGGAGUCGCGACCAAAUACUGGCGGAAUGGAAAGCGUCGAGGGCGGCAGCAAAGGCAGCGGCGGAACCAGCUCUGGGCGAGCGCUUUCGCCGAAUCGGGGCCGUGCAAAAGGCUGGAUCGAGAAUCGAAAUCGACAGCAAAGGUCGGGAAGUUCUGAUUGUCGUCGACGAAGAUGGGCACGAGAAGAGAAAGGUGCGCAAGGUGCAGCCUAGUCAGCCGGAAGCUGAAGCCGAAGCGAGCGAGCUCCCCAUGCCAGACAAGAGCGCGAAGCCACUAGGAAUGGAGGUUCCCGAGCAGUACAAGAAGGCACCUGAACCAGAAGAGGACUUGGACGUGGACAUUUUUGACGACGUUGGGGACGACUACGAUCCAUUGGCUGGGCUAGGCGGUUCGGACUCUGACUCUGAUGAGCAGCCAGAACCUUCAACGAAGGAGAACGACGCCAAAACGACAGAGGAGGCCAAGGCACCAGCACAGGAUCAGCUGGCCAUGCCACCUCCUCCCCGACCCAAGAGAAACUACUUUGAAAACUCAAAGACUGGGCUGGCGUCAGAACAGCAGCUCAAGGCACCAUCCAUGUCUGAUCCAGAGAUUCAAGCCGCUUUCAAACGUGCUGCAGCGCUCGAACAGAACAGACGCCAGCAGGAGACGGAGGACUCUGACGAAGACGACGAGGAAGCGCAAGCUCGCAAAGCCCGCGAGGAGCGGCACCGCAAGCUGCUCGAGAGCGCAGCCAGAGAUGACGACGACUUGGACAUGGGCUUUGGCACAAGUCGGUUCGAAGAUGAAGAGGACUUUGACGAGACCAAGGUCAAAAUCUCCAAGUGGGGCGCCGACGACGAGGACGGAGAAGGCCAGGAUAAAGGCGGCGCAAAGAGAAAGCGAGGGCCGAAGAAGAGGAAAGGCGACGCGAACAAUGCCGCGGACGUGCUGCGCGUAAUGGAGUCGAGGAAGAACGGAGGUCUCCGCCCCCGAGCCGGCCAACUGCGCCGGGCAGACAAACGUGUUACACACAUGUCCGUGUGCUUGCAUACACUGAAUCCAUGGCUGACCGUGCAGGAUGCUUUUGCGCUUCUUCUUGCCGCGCACCACCCGCGCAUCAAUCUCCUUGGCGUGUCUACUGUGUUUGGCAAUGCGCCUCUGUCCAAGACGACCCUCAAUGCAGGCGCGCUCCUCACAGCGAUAGGGAAACACGAUGAGAUCCCCCUUCACGUGGGCGCGGCCAAACCCCUGGAACGACCAGCGCACCACCCUGCGACUGAGAUCCACGGUGAAUCGGGUCUCGACGGGACAGAACUUCUCCCCAAGCCGGCCAGAGCCCCCAGUGAUGUGCCGGCUGUCGAAGCCAUGGUCAAGGCCCUCCAGGCCCAGCCGCCCAACACAGCGUGGAUCGUGGCGACGGGCUCUCUGGCGAAUGUUGGGCAGCUCUUCCGCCAGCAUCCAGACUUGGCGUCUCAUGUCAAGGGCGUCAGUCUAAUGGGGGGUUCCAUUGGUAAUGGGUUCACGGACGCCCCCAUGGGCGAGGUCGACGGCAAGCCGAGGAUAGGAAACUACACGCCGUGGGCCGAGUUCAACAUACUCAUCGAUCCCGAGGCGGCGUCUGAGAUUUUUUCGAAUGAGGCGCUCAAGGGCAAGAUUAGCGUCGUGCCGCUAGACCUGAGCCAUCAAGUGCUUGCCACGGACGAUGUGAGGCAGCUUCUGCUGUGCGGGCGAGACGGCCCCAAGAGGGACGAUGGCAAGGGCAAGACGGUUCUCAGGCAGAUGCUCGUGGAGCUGCUGUACUUUUUCGCACAGACAUAUGCGACCACAUUCGGCAUCACAGCUGGCCCGCCACUGCACGAUCCCCUGGCUGUGGCAUUGGCCCUGGCUGGUACCCCCGAUGAGAUCCCCUUUUACGAUUGGGAUGAGAAGAAGAGCGCUCACCCAAGGCACGAGGAACGCUUCGAGGUCACGGUGGUGACAGAGGGCACGCUGGAAGACGCCGCGAGUGGCAAGACGCAGACGGGACGGACUGUGGCCAAAGUGCUGCCGCCAGGCUCGGCCGGUGUCAGGAUACCCAGGGGUUGUGAUACACAAAAGUUCUGGGACGUGAUAGAGGAGUGCAUCGAGCGCGCAGACGCCGUCAAUGCCACUCUUCCAAAUUAG